UUUGUCGAGCCCGUUGAUCCGUUCAUCGAAGAUAUAGUCGAGCUGCAGCCACAAGACGCGCACGAUGUGGUCAUCGUUGGUGAUGUUGAUGAUGAUGCAAUCCCCGCAUCGAAACGGAAACGCGGUCGCUCUGCUGGUGACAUCUGGAACCACUUCACCGUCGAUGUCGAUCCGCAAAAGGUCAAGAGGGCCAAAUGCAAGCACUUCAAGCCGGCGAUCAAUCCUCACAAGAAGAGCGAGUACGCCAAGAGGUAUCUCAAGCUUGUGCAAAGUUCCGCACCUUCAUGA